AAUGCUGGGCACUGACUGGUGGCAAAUGCUGGGCACUGACUGACACAAAUGCUGGGCUGCUGACUGGCACUGAUGGGCACAGGUGAUGGCACAGGUGGUGGCACAGGUGGGUGGCACAGGUGGGCACAGGUGGGUGGCACUGCUGGGUGGCUGGGUGGCACUGCUGGGUGGCACUGAAAGCACUGGUGGGUGGCACUGGUGGGCACAGGUGGGAGGGCACAGGUGGGCAGAGCUGGUGGGUGGCACUGCUGGGCACCGAUCAUCAGAGCACUGAUCAUCAGUGCCCUGAUGAUCGCGCCGGUUGCACACCAUUGGGGGCGCACGGAAGGG